GUAGAACUGGGUGCGAAGGAGGGGCGAGGAAAGGAGGAUGGCCAAGCUGGUGAGGAUGCAGCUGAUCUGCGCGAUGCUGCUGGCGUUCGCCUCGGGGAGCUUGUGCUCAGAUUCAGAAGAGGAAAUGAAAGCCUUAGAAGCAGAUUUAUUGACCAAUAUGUAUACAUCAAAGAUAAACAAGGCAAAGCUUCCCCAGUGGAAAAUGACCCUUCUAAAUAUCUGUGACCUUAUAAGCAACAUAAACAACCAAGAAGAGGAAACAGGUGAGGCUGAGGAUGAAGACCUUGUGACGAGAAGACAAUUCCCUGCUACUCCUGAUGGCUUCAGCUUGGAAGCAAUAUUGACACUAUACCAGCUUCAGAAAGUCUGCCACAGCAGAACCUUUCAGCACUGGGAGUUACUUCAGCAAGACAUUUAUGACUCUGAAAAUUCAAGCCAGGAUAAGGAUCUGAUGAAGAGAAAAACUCCUUACAUUCUGAAACGGCAAUUACAUGUUAACAAAGCCAGACGACCGUACAUACUGAAGAGAAGUUCAUAUUACUGACUCAGCCAUUAAAGUAGUGUUUGUUUAGUUUUUAAGCAACUGUGCUUUAUGAUUACCUUAUUUCAACCUUAAUCAUAUUUGUGUGGAAAAUAUAUUAUGGAAAGUGAUCAAGAUGAUAGCAUAAAUUGUCUUUUUUGCCACUGUUGUUUCUUAAUUGUGAUUUUUCCUACUUAAAAUUAAUUGGAUUAAUACAUUUACAAAUAAAUCUAGUUUCUAAGCAUGA